UAGCAUACACACGUACAACACAUACAGAAAUCUGGCAGCAGAAAAGAAGAAUGGCUGCCGAAAUUAGAACAAAACCUCAGACGAGGAGGCCUGUUUUACUCAGUAAAUUAGAAGGAUGCAACGGAACGGUCACAAAAGCUGUAAUUAUUCCGAAGGAAGAUGGGGUUAUCAGUGUUAGUGAAGACAGAACUCUUCGUGUUUGGCUGAAAAGGGAUUCUGGUUUGUAUUGGCCGAGCAUCUGCCACACAAUGCCAGCUUCCUGCUCAACGUUAGAGUUCUGCCCACAGACAAGACGACUCUUCGUUGGUAUGGAUAAUGGUGUUAUAUCUGAAUUCAGUCUGGCAGAAGACUACAACAGCCUGAGAACAAGACGGGACUAUCUUGCUCAUCAGAGUCGUGUGAGUGAUGUGACCUUCUCUAUGCUGACAGAACUUGUCUUGAGCGUUGGGAGAGACAAGUUCUUCCAGUGGCACUGUAGCGAAUCAGGGCGACGUCUUGGAGGUUACAAACUGGAAGCCUGGGGAACAGCUCUACAAUUUGAUGAAGAAACCAAACACGCUUUCAUCGCAGACUACGCUGGCCAAAUCACCGUCUUGAAAGUGAUGGACAAUGGUCACCAAGUGAUUACAACUCUUAAAGGACAUUCCGGAAGCACUCGCUGUCUUGCCUGGGAUGCAGAGAAUAAACUUCUCUUUUCGGGGAGUUUUGAUCAAUCAAUCAUAGUAUGGGACAUUGGUGGGCAAAAGGGAACAGCAUUUGAACUCCAGGGACACAUGGGGAAAGUAGAAGCAGUGUGUUAUUCCUCCAGAAGUAAACAGCUCUUUUCGGCAGGAGACGAUAACAACAUCGUCGUCUGGAAUAUGGCCGGGAAAAGGCAAGAGACUCCUGAGUGGGAGGAGAGCGAUACAUGCCAGAAAUGCAAGAGUCCGUUCUUCUGGAACUUCAAAGAAAUGUGGACAGCUAAGACAAUUGGUGUGAGACAGCACCACUGCAGGAAGUGUGGACAAGCGCUGUGUGACAAAUGCACCCCAGAACGAUCAACAUUACCAUUGCUUGGUUUCGAGUUUGAAGUACGCAUUUGCAAGAACUGUUUUGACAAUCUCACAGAUGAAGAUCGAGCCCCAAUGGCAUCUUUCUACGAUGCCAAACAUUGUGUCAUAUCAAUGCAUCUUGAUGAUGUCAAAGGUCAACUUGUCACAUGCGGUACCGAUAAAGUCAUUAAGCUUUGGGACGUCUCAACGGUAAUCCAGUGAGGAACAGCGCCCUCUGUUGACUUGAUAAG